CUUUGUGGCUGCAUCAUGAACAUGAUAAUUCACAACACAUCUAUAACAAUAGCAGUAAAAAUCAACCCAGCCCAGUGUCACCGCGUACGUCACAUUUACAGCUUUUGGUCGUCUAUAAAAAGGACCCUAGCUUGCCCAUCGUGCACCUCCUCAACACACCAAAAAAUCCUACUCGCGCGCCCAAACAAACACGCGAAGCAGCAACACCCCGAGCGAGUGAGUGCGUGUGAAGCCAUGGCGGCGCCAGCAGCCAGCGCGCUCCCGCUCGACGGCCGCGUCGCGCUCGUCACCGGCGGCUCCCGCGGCAUCGGCCGCGAGGUGUGCGCCCACCUCGCCUCCCUCGGCGCCCGCGUCGUCGUCAACUACGCCUCCAACUCCGCCAACGCCGACGCCUUCGCCGCCGACCUCAACUCCCGCGGCGCCGCCGCCCUCCCGCGCGCCGUGGCGGUGCGCGCCGACGUGUCCGACCCGGCGGCGGUGCGCGCGCUGUUCGACCGCACGGAGGAGGCGUUCGGCACGCCGCCGCACAUCGUCGUCGCCUGCGCGGGCCUCCUGGAGUCCAAGUACCCGUCGCUGGCCGACACCGCCGUGGAGGACUUCGACGCCAUGCUCGCCGUCAACGUGCGCGGCACGUUCCUGGUGUGCCGCGAGGCGGCGAACCGCUUCCCGGCGGGGGCGGGGGGCCGCGUCGUGACGUUCUCGUCGUCCAUCCUCGGCACGCUCCUCCCCGGGUACGCGGCGUACACGGCGACGAACGGCGCGGUGGAGGCGAUGACGAGGAUCAUGGCGAAGGAGGUGGCGGCGAAGGGGGUGACGGCGAACGUGGUGGCGCCGGGGCCGGUGAGGACGGAGCUGUUCAUGGCGGGGAAGGACGAGGCGUUCGUGAAGAAGGUGGAGGAGAGGUCGAUGGGGCGGAUCGCCGAGACGACGGACGUCGCGCCGGUGGUGGCCUUCCUCGUCAGCGACGCCGCGGCGUGGGUGAACGGCCAGGUCAUCCGGGUCAAUGGCGGCUUCGCGUGACCGAGCUCUCUCCCCCUUCGUGUGCUUCUCCGAUAAGCUGGAGUGUUAUAGGAGUAUUAUUGUUGGUGUGUUGGAAUAAAAAAAAAUGAAUAGCUUUGGCUUGUAUGUAGAGUGACAGUUGUAUAGUGACAUAAUAAAAUAAUAAUAAAUUUGUAAUGUUUAGUGAGGUAAUACUCUAUCUGUAGAGUGACAGUACAUGAUAAAUCUGUCUCUAUCUUUUUCUC